AUGCAAGCACAGGUCAAGCAACUCUCAAUAAGCAACGAAUCAUUUAAAGCAAACAAAUAUAUAAUCGAAAAUCUUCGCAAUGCUCUUUACAGAGAAGUACCAAGUUUAAUUCGAGAAUUUCAGUUAAACAAGCAGGAGCAAACUGCAUUGAACGAGUUUGUAGAAGAUAAGUGCACACUCUUUCGAUCUUUGAGAAGAAACAGCUUUUCAUUGCCCACAACUCUAUCAUUGUUGCUAGACACUAUACGUUGGAGACUUUGUCAACAUGUUGAUGCGAUAACAUUACCUUCAAUAGCCGAUCUUCUAAACUCACCGUUCGUCUACUUUCACAAAUUUGAUAAACUUAAUCGGCCUAUACUGCUUAUACAUCUGGAGCAUUUACCUCCUAUAGAAGGUUUGGAAAAGAAUGACAUUUCCAUUAAAUCGUUAGAAACAAUUGCUAUAUUUGUUCUGGAGACGGCCCGUUUGUUAAUAUGGGAUCUCACAAAGUCAAGGCUUAACGAAUCUGUUCAAAUGAUAGCAAAUCCUGUAAUACUAGACAUGGUCGUGCUAGUUGAUUUCAAGAAUGCAUCCUCAGUACCUGUAACUAAUGGUAGCUUGAUAAAAACACUCAUCGCCGCUUUGAAAAGGUUUCCUGAUUUGAUUGACAGGAUUUAUUUUGUGAACUUCAGGUGGGUGUAUCAAGGGAUGUGGCAAAUCUUCAAACCAUUGUUAUCUGAGGAAGCCAAAUCAAAAAUUCAUUUUCCCAAAUUGAGCGACCUACAGAAUUUUAUUGAUAAAGAUAAUAUAAUCAAGGGUACUGCAGACCAGAAUGUCAAGUAUAUUAUGGUUUAUUGUAAUAAACUGGGUGGAAAGGAUGACUUUCAAUGGAACCUACAUGUGGAUAAGUAUUACACCAAAUACCGUGCACCGCUUUUCAAUGUAGAUUCUUCACCGAUAUUAAGCAGAAGAAAUUCUACGUCUACUAUUUAUUAUGAUACUCUCCAAAUACUUCAAACCCCAAACGUCAAUAAUACCAUGCAAUACCAAUUGUCAAGAUCAACUUCAUCCGUUUCUCUCUAUGCUACACCCGUAUCUUCCUUAAGCCCUGUUUCAAGUCACACUGACCUCGCAACGUUAGCCACUUUUUACUUCUCUGUACCAACAGUUAUUAACAAGUCAACCAUACUACGAACCGUCAUUAAACGUUUAUUCAAACUGAUAGCUAUCUCAUCCGCUAUGACAGAAGUAAAGGAACCUAAUGAAACUGGCCUUUCACCAUCGUCGUCAGUCAAACUUAUACUCCGAGAAUAUACCAACAAACUGAACGGGCUUUUGCCUGCAGGCAGCUCACGUAUCCCGCCCAAGUCUUCCACACCGCCGGUUUUUUCGUCAAACAAAAAGAACGCAGUUAUAUCUUGGUUCUUGACCUUCUUGCGCAAAUAUAGUACCCACAUUAUGAAUGUAUUAGUAAAAGCUCGAGCAAGGUUGUCACGGCAUCGACGAACAGUGUUUCUGAUUAUUGCUGGCAUUCUGUUCCAGCAUGGAAUACAAGAAAUUUGUCAGCGCAUUAUGUUGCUGUUCAGUCACUCAGCAACAGAGAAGCACAAUUAUGAGACAAGAUAUGGUUGGAUUACAAAAAAUGCUCUUUGUAUUUUCUUAGAAAAGAUGGAAAAGAAAUACCAUACUCUUCUUUGCAUGUCAUGGUAAUUUAGUCACUGAUAUCAUUACAGUCAUAUAUCGAC